AUGUAUUUAGCGGCAGCUCACACGGCGGUGAGCGCCGUGCUCAUGGUUGAACGAGAGGGGAAACAAACACCAAUAUACUACAUAAGCCGGGUGCUAGCGGGGCCUGAAACGCGCUAUCCUACACUGGAAAAGCUAGUCUUAGCAUUAGUACACGCCACGAGGCGAUUAAGAAGGUACUUUCAGGCACACCGUGUACAAAUCUUAACCAACUACCCGCUACAGCAGGUUCUGCACAAGCCAGAGGUUUCGGGCAGGUUGGCUAAAUGGGCCAUCGAGCUGGGGGCUCUAGAUAUUGAGUAUCAGAAGCGAACGGCGGUUAAAGGGCAAGUGAUUGCUGAUUUCUUAGCUGAGAUACCGGAAGGAGAAGUCGUUACGGACCCAGUCAUUCAAGAUAUACCAGAGUCCAGCACUACAAGGCAGACUUGGAAGUUAUACACUGAUGGAUCAUCUAGUGGAAAGGGGUCCGGUGCAGGCCUAAUGCUGAUAAGUCCAGAUCAAAUCAGGCUAAUGUACGCCUUACGUUUUGACUUUGAAUGUUCUAAUAAUGAAGCGGAAUACGAGGCAUUAUUGGCAGGGUUACGAAUGGCAAAAUCCAUGGGGGCAGCCAGAGUAGACGCAUAUGUCGACUCGUUGCUGGUUAACAAUCAGGUAAACGAAACGUAUGAAGCUAAAGACGAGUCAAUGGCGAAAACUAAAGAACUCAUGGAUUCCUUCGACAAGGUCACGCUCAACCAUGUACACAGAGGGAAGAAUCAAAUAGCAGACGCCCUAAGCAAACUCGCUACCUCAGGCAUGGAAAAGGAAGUCAAAGUCGAAACGUUACAGACACCCUCAAUCGAACCACGAAGUGUUUCCGCUGUCACAAUAGAAGAACCUUGCUGGUAUACUCCGAUCCUACGCUUUCUCGUAGCAGGUGAACUAUCUCCCGCCAAGGGCGAGGCACAAAAGGUACAAACGAAAGCGCUACAAUAUGAAGUCAAUGAUGGUGUCCUAUACCAAAAAUCUUACUUGGGUCCGUUGCUCCGAUGCGUUUCCCCAGCAGAGGCAAAGUACCUCAUCAGCGAGAUUCACGCGGGUAUAUGCGGCAUACACGCUGGACCUAGAGCAGUGGUGGCCAAAAUCCAUAGUGCGGGAUAUUACUGGCCCGGGAUGCACGAAGACGCUGUUUCUGGAAAGGCCACGCUGCUGUGGGGCCGGCGGGAAAGGUACUUCAGCUUUCCAGGGGCCGGCGGGAAAGGUCCUACGAUAUCCACGGCCCAUUUCUGGAAAGGCCACGCUGCUGUCACCGGUACCAGGCUGUUUUUGGGCCGUAUUGUCUGA